GUGGACAUAAUACACGACGUGGAAGAAUCAGCCACGGAAAAGCUUGAUGAUUUGUCCGUGGUUCCUGACCGAACCCAUUCGUCUUCCAUAUUCUCAAAAUCAAACAAUAACGACGACUAUGGCCCUGCGUUUAUCUUCCCGCAUCCUAUUAUCUGCAUUCACAGACGAGAAAGAACUGCUGAGAAUGCCGUUCAGAGGCAAGCAUAUGUUCCCUUUUUCUUUUGCUUUUUUUAUCGCGCGAAUUGUACAUCGUUCAGAGGCAACUCAUAUUUCACCUACGGAUAAAAUGUAUCUUCCCCUUACUGCAAAAUGCUGAGUUUGGUAAAGGUAGAAGAAAUAGAGAGAGAGGAAGUAGGCACGUGAGAUGAAGUUGUUCGGUUGAAAAGGAAUAGAGUGGAAAUAGCGAGGGUGAGGAAUAGAGCGUAAAAUAUGACAAAAAGGGAGGGGUAGGAAAAAGUGUGGAUAUUCACUUCUUUCUCUUCACUUAAGGGGGGAAUAAAUUUGACUUGAUAAUACAAAGGAAAAACAUUCAUAUCCACAUUUUCCUUUCACAUUCCCUCUGGCUCCUUUCUGCCAUAUCCCCAUGUUCCCAAACAAAGGCAAAGUUUAAGGUUCCUUCCAUGCUCAUAUAUGUCGUUAGCUUCUCAUCUAUUUAAAAAACCCACGCUAUUCUGAUGUCAAGUCCAGUUAGCGUGUUGCCGCGAUGAAGUUUGUAGAAGUUCCCAGAAACCUCCAGACUCCGGAGUGUAGUGAGAUGCACUAGACUGUAGCCCUGUGACAGUUCUAGUGUAUCAUCAUCUGGCAGAAACGGGACAUUUCUCAUCAGAAUGGAACAUGCAGAUCCUUGUCGUUUAUCUUUUAAGUAUGUGCAAACGAAGUCACGUAUAAAGUUUCCCCAAGUUUCAUCAGGAAGCACAGCUGACGCUCCUUCAAGAGACAAGAAGACUGUUCCAUAUUCAAACCCUCCAAGUAGAGGUGAUGUCAGGCGUUUGUAUGAAUUGUUCGAUAGGAGUAAGAAGCUUGUUGUUUUGACCGGAGCAGGAAUAAGCACUGAGAGUGGGAUUCCUGAUUAUAGAAGCUAGAUCAGACUAUCUCUGUGAAGCGUGGGUUACAAUAAUUUUCACCUAAAGUUUUGUUAAAGAAGUUACACAUAGAGAAUGGAGAUGCUAAUUGGUUUUGAAGGACAUCACGGCAUGCAAUUGCAUUUUUCCCAAAUGGAGCAUAUAACACAGGUUUCAAACCAAUUACACACCAGGUGAUCUAAAGGAAUUUAUCCGCUCGGUUAAGGCACAGAGACGUUAUUGGGCAAGAAGCUAUGCUGGAUGGCGGCGGUUCAGUGCUGCACAUCCUAGUGCUGCUCAUAUUGCCUUAGCUUCUCUUGAAAGAGCAGGCCAGAUUAGUUAUAUGAUAACGCAGAAUGUGGACAGGUAAGUCUGGUCUGCAAAUACAUAUUAGGGGACCAAUGAGACAAUUUUUUAACUUUCUGUUUCAGGCUGCAUCAUCGUGCUGGCAGCAACCCACUUGAAUUGCAUGGUACUGUAUAUACUGUUAUUUGUAUUGAAUGUGGUUUCACUCUAGCUCGUGAACUAUUUCAGGAUCAAUUGAAGGCUCUUAAUCCCAAGUGGGCAGAGGCAAUUGAAAGUUUAGAGUACGACAGCCGUGCAGACAAGAGUUUUGGAAUGAAACAAAGGCCUGAUGGAGAUAUUGAGAUUGAUGAAAAAUUCUGGGAGGAGGAAUUCGAUAUCCCCGUCUGUCCAAAAUGCAAUGGGUUGCUGAAACCCAAUGUAGUCUUUUUUGGAGAUAAUGUCCCCAAAGGGAGAGCGGAUUCUGCAAUGCUGGCUGCCAAAGAAUGUGAUGCUUUUCUUGCACUUGGCUCUUCUUUGAUGACCAUGUCCGCUUUCCGACUUAUUAGAACUGCACACGAGGUUGGUGCAGCCACUGCGAUUGUGAAUAUUGGUGAAACAAGAGCUGAUGAUUUUGUACCUCUGAAAAUCAAUGCCAGACUUGGAGAGAUAUUUCCGAGAUUGCUCGACUUCGGAUGCCUUGUUAUCCCUGCCGUUUAAUAAAAGUUCUCUGAAUGGGAGGUAUUCAUAUUCUUCAAAGCUGGUCAGGUUUUUUGGUGUCUUUUGUACAAGUCGUCAUCUUCUUCUGUUUCUUUCCUUUCGGAUCCUUUAUGUAAUUGUAUGGCCACUGUAUACACUCUUUAACUUAAGGCUGGUGUGGGCAGUGUGGCGUAAUUCCUAUCAGUUUUUGUAUUGUUGCCAUCCUGCUGUUGGUGUGGCAUCAUUCCUAUAUCUGUUCUUGUAUUGUUGCCAUCCAUAUUUUUUGCCGGGUGCUAAUAAAGAGUGCAGCCUGGUGCACAUUGUUGUCCAUGCAUGGCGAGGUGAAGAGUCCUACUACAAGGGUGUAUAAAGAGUAAGCCUUCCCUUGUCAUUUUGGCCAGAGGUCGCUCCCAAGAUUUGAAUCUAUGACCCGGUCAUACAACACCACCAUAACCGGUGCACCAAGGCUCCCAAACUUACGGGACUCAUAAAAUUUUGUAUUUUAAAAUUUACGGACCUGCCUGAAUGCCUGAUUGGUUACUUUUUUUGUUAGUGUCUUAUUGGUUACUUAAAAUGUGUUUUCUAUCAUUUAUCUC